UUUACCAUGGCGGACGAAGAAGACAAACCCCAACUUCGUCUCACCCAUUAUACCUCGAAAAUCUCCGGCACCACCCCACUUCAUUCCGCCGUCUCACCACUGCCGCCGCCACCAUCUCCAUCAACCCUGUCCAUCAUCAACAACGAAGACCUCUUAACCGAAAUUCUACUCUGCUUACCACCAAAAUCCCUCCUGCGCUUGCAAUGCGUCUCCAAACUAUGGCUCUCAAUCAUUUCCAGGCCCAAUUUCCGCCGCCUUCACGCCCGCCGCAAUCCCACCUCCUCCGCCGCCGCCACCAACCUCUUCUUUUACCGGGUAUUUUGUUGGGUUCCUGAGUUCAAUUUCCUUUGUCUUAGCAAUAGUUUGGAAGAUGUCAAUUCCAUGCGUGUUAUAACUUCUAAUUUGAGCAAUCGAAGGGAGGGUUUUCCAUGGCGGAUUCACUCCUGUAAUGGGUUGAUCUGUUUGGACCCGUACGAUGAUGAAAGCACAAAAUUUUUUAUGUAUAAUCCUACUACCAAUCAGAGUCGGUUUAUUCAGCUUCCGGAUUCGCCCGAGGAUCGCCAUUCAAUUAGGGAUUUGAGUUUGGCUUUCGAUCCUUUAAAACCCGACCACUACAAAAUUUUAUGCGUUUGGAUGAGGUUGCCGGAGAUUGUACUCCGGUUUUCAUUGUACUCCUCGGAGACUGGGGUUUGGAAGGAGACAGAUGAGUCCUAUGAGUUUGAUUUUGAGUGGGAUGAGGAGCUUGACGAGGAUGACAACUUGAGUUCCAUGUUCAAUAGUAUAAAUGUUCUUUUCAAGUAUGGGGCUUAUUUGGAUGAUGCUAUGCAUUGGGCGAAUGCUGAUGGGGAUUUUUUGUGCUUUGAUUUGUGGAGUGAGAGGUUCAAGCCAAUGCCAAGUCCUUUGAUUCCUGAUGACCACAAAAUUGGUUUGCUUUUGCUUGAGCUGCUGUGCGCUGAUGACUGGCCAGCGGGGGUUGAUAAGGUGAACGGGGAAAGAUGGAAGGGAUGGUUCUUUCAUUGUAUUGAUAGAAGUCUAAGAUCUAUCUAUUACUUUGAGAAGAGAAUCGUUGGUUUGCCCGAUGAACUACGUGGGAAAUAUGAGUUGAGAGGGCAAGAGGAUUCGAUCUCCAUGAAAGGCUAA